GCCUCCCCGCCGCAGUGACCACAUCCCCCCGCAGGUUGCCUGGGAAACGCUCGGCAGGGGCUGGGGGAUCCAGGGCACAGUUGCCCAGCAACAGGUGGUGCCCUCCCUUCCGCCCUCAUGUGAGGCAACUGUCCAGCACCCUCUGCUCACACAGGGAAGAGCGGCUCCGACGGAGAGUCAGAGCCCGGGACCCACUGCCUGAGGUGAGGAGCGCAGGAGGCCCCUGAAGGUGGGGGACCAGAGGGUCCGCCAGGAGGUGAGCAGAGACAAACAAGACGGGGGUCGGGCAAGACUGGGCAAAGCCGGAGAGGCGGGGACGGCGGUGGAGGUGGCAAACCCAGGGGAGCCUGCAAAGAGCAAGACCAGCUCCAAGCAGAGUUGUGAAGGCCAAGGAGCACCCAGGGUGCCGGCCGGGCCCACACCCGGGCAGGGCUGGGAUAGGUCUCACUUCCUCACCCCUUACUUCCUCUUCCAGGCAAGACCUGAGGGGGGCUGAGACGGGAGGAGAGGAGCCCUCAGGGCCGUUUGAGUUUUAUCUGGGGCACCCUGGAGUCUGGGAGGAAAAUACAGCUUCGAGGAAGGGCCUAGCUGCAGACCCAGAUGCCUCCAACCCCAGCGCCGCCCUCGGGGCAGACGGAGGCCUCCUCAUGGGUCCCGCUGCCCUGCGGACCCUGCAUCCCCAUCAUGGUGGCCCUGGCCGCUCUGGCCGCCGUCUUCCUCCUGGCCACAGCCGUGUUGGCCGAACGCCUGUUUCGCCGCUCCCUCCAGCCGAACCCCAGCAUCCGCGCACCCACCCUCGUGUGGCGCCCCGGAGGAGAGCUGUGGAUCGAGCCCAGAGGCACGCCCCGAGAGCGCUCUGAGGACUGGUAUGGCUCAGAGGUCCCCCUGCUGACGGACGGGGCCCCAGACCCGCCCGCCCAGGGGGGCACCUUGGAGGCACGAGCGACAGCCCCACCCGCUCCCUCAACCCCACGCUCCGCCCCCAGCAGCCCGGUCCCCCAGGCCCCACCCAAUGCCCCAACCCAGAGCACCUUCUGGGGGCCCCACGUCUGGGAGGAGAGGCCCCAGGCCCCAGGCCUGGUGAGCUGGGCUGAGCCUGAACAGAGGCCAGAGGCCAGCGCAUAUCCCGGGAGCCCCCAGGCCCGGAGGGUGCGGCCAGGAAGCCCCGAUCUUGAGUGGGGCCUGCAGCCUCGGGUCACCCUGGAGCAGAUCUCAGCAUUCUGGAGGCGUGAAGGCCGAAGCAGCGUGGGUUUCUGAAUCCCCAGGGCCUGCCUGGAGGACUGGCCUUCCAGAGACCCUGGGGGGAGGCCCAACCUCAGAGGGAUCUUAAGAUCCUGAGGCUCCCAAGAACUUGAGCUGACACCUGAGAUCUCCUUGAGGAAUGCCCGUCCCAGGCCUUUUACUUGUGGAUUUCGGUUCUCCUCGAUCUGGGCCUGGGAGGCCUGGAUGUGGACAGAGCCUGUGCUUUGGCAGGAACUCAGUGGUGUCUUUGCUUAGCUGCUGGGGGCUGUGGCGCAGAGAACUGGAUUUGGGGCUGUCUCUGGUGACUCAGGCAGUAAAAAAAUCUGCCUGUGAUGUGGGAGACCCAGGUUCGAUCCCUGGGUCGGGAAGAACCC